UUAGUUGUUUUCAAACAAAAUCCUCUUAAAACGUUCCCUCUUCGCGACACUCCCGGUAAAAUCGCGUUUCAUUUUCCGGUUAAUCUCGCUCGUAGUGUUCCGAAACCCGCCAGAAAAUGGUCGAACGGAUCGAGGACCUGAACCUGCCGAACACGGUCGUGACCCGGCUGAUGAAGGAGGCCCUCCCGGCGGACGUCAAGAUCUCGAACGAGUCGCGGACGGCGCUCACGCGUGCCACCUCCGUGUUUGUGCUGUACCUGACCUCGGCCGCCACGGACGUGGCCGACAAGAAGAAGCAAAAAACGCUCACCGUGGACCACGUCCUGGCGGGGCUGGAGGAGAUCGAGUUCGAGAGCUUCAUCAAACCGCUGAAGAACGAUUUGGAGAAUUAUCGGAAGCUGGUGAAGAAUAAAAAGGACAAGAAAGGAGACAAGCCUGAAACGGAAGAGGCUAUGGAGGAGGACACCCCGGCCGAUAUGUGAUCGAAGUUGAGCUGGAGGUUGCUUUUACUAGGGUUAAGCUUGGUUAAUAAACUUAUUUUGUAAUUGACUAAAUCGUA